CGUUUUAGAGUCUGAGGAGACGUCACUCAAGUCAGUCUGUAGCGCUCUCUUGCAGCGACCACAUCGCCAAAUCUUGCUCGCGCCAUUUCUCCUGCAUUUCAAAGGCAGUACCUAUUUUUGACAAGAGCAUAAAAAGUUCAAGCCUUCUCCGGUUUUUUCCAAUUCUUUUUCGGGCAUUUUAAAACAAAUAUUAAUACACCAUGGAUGAUGAAGUCGCAGCUCUCGUAAUUGACAAUGGAUCUGGUAUGUGCAAAGCUGGUUUUGCCGGCGACGAUGCCCCCAGAGCUGUCUUCCCUUCCAUUGUUGGUCGUCCCAGACAUCAGGGUGUGAUGGUUGGAAUGGGACAAAAGGACAGUUACGUCGGAGAUGAAGCUCAAAGCAAGAGAGGUAUUCUUACCUUGAAGUACCCCAUUGAACACGGUAUUGUUACCAACUGGGAUGAUAUGGAAAAGAUCUGGCAUCAUACAUUCUACAACGAGUUGAGAGUUGCACCCGAAGAGCACCCUGUCUUGUUGACUGAGGCUCCUCUUAACCCCAAAGCCAACAGAGAAAAGAUGACCCAAAUUAUGUUCGAAACCUUCAACACUCCUGCCAUGUAUGUGGCUAUUCAAGCUGUAUUGUCCCUAUAUGCUUCCGGUCGUACCACAGGUAUUGUUCUUGAUUCAGGUGAUGGUGUCACCCACACCGUCCCCAUCUAUGAAGGUUACGCCUUGCCUCAUGCUAUCAUGCGUCUUGAUCUUGCUGGUCGUGACUUGACAGAUUACCUGAUGAAAAUCUUGACCGAACGUGGCUACUCUUUCACCACUACUGCUGAGAGGGAAAUUGUUCGUGACAUCAAAGAGAAGCUCUGUUAUGUUGCUCUAGACUUCGAACAGGAAAUGCAGACUGCAGCCUCCUCUUCAUCUUUGGAAAAGAGUUAUGAAUUACCUGACGGACAAGUCAUCACCAUUGGCAACGAAAGAUUCCGAGCCCCAGAAGCUAUGUUCCAACCUUCUUUCAUUGGUAUGGAAUCUGCUGGUGUUCAUGAAACCACUUACAACUCAAUCAUGAAAUGUGAUGUCGAUAUUAGGAAAGAUCUGUAUGCCAACACUGUAUUGUCCGGUGGUUCCACAAUGUACCCAGGUAUUGCUGACCGUAUGCAGAAGGAAAUCAGUGCCCUUGCACCACCUACUAUGAAGAUUAAGAUCAUUGCUCCACCUGAACGUAAAUACUCUGUAUGGAUUGGUGGUUCCAUCUUGGCUUCUCUGUCCACCUUCCAACAGAUGUGGAUUAGCAAGCAAGAAUAUGACGAAUCUGGCCCAUCUAUCGUCCAUAGGAAAUGUUUCUAAGUACAUAGCUUAACUUCCAGCACAAACAUCUAAGAAACUCAUUAAGAAAUUCUGCUUGCAGCAACCUAAUGGAUCCUAAAUACCCUUCUUCUGUCCUUUCAUUCUCUCUUUUUAUGCUCCCUUCUCCUCUGACAAGAAUAACUAAUGCUAUAAACAAAAGACCUAGAUGUGUACUGAUCAAAUACGUUCUCUCUGGUGCUACAGUGACAGAGAUUACAUGCUGCUGUUAUAUUUGUUUCGAAGGAUUCCAUUACAAGUCACCGCAAACCAUGUUGUCUGCUGAUUGAUUCUUCUGCCUAUAAUUAUAUUUUAUUUCAGGAUAAUAUGCAAAUAUUUCCUCUUAAACA